GGGCGGCCCGGCUCGUGCCGCUUUGCAGACGCCGCUGUCCCCUUGUCGCCGCUUGCUGCAGCCACCAUGGUCAACCCCACCGUGUUCUUCGACAUCACGGCCGAUGGCGAGCCCCUGGGCCGCGUCUCCUUCGAGUUAUUUGCAGACAAAGUUCCAAAGACAGCAGAAAACUUCCGCGCCCUGAGCACUGGAGAGAAAGGAUUUGGAUAUAAGGGUUCCUCCUUUCACAGGAUUAUCCCAGGAUUUAUGUGCCAGGGUGGUGACUUCACACGCCAUAAUGGCACUGGCGGCAGAUCCAUCUACGGAGAGAAAUUUGAGGAUGAGAACUUCGUCCUGAAGCAUACAGGUCCUGGCAUCUUGUCCAUGGCAAAUGCUGGACCAAACACAAAUGGUUCCCAGUUUUUCAUCUGCACCGCCAAGACUGAGUGGCUGGAUGGCAAACACGUGGUCUUCGGGAAGGUGAAAGAAGGCAUGAACAUCGUGGAAGCCAUGGAGCGCUUUGGGUCCAGGAAUGGCAAGACCAGCAAGAAGAUCACCAUUUCCGACUGUGGACAACUCUAAUUCUUUCGACUUGCGGGCUUCCUACCCAUCAGACCAUUCCUUCUGUAGCUCAGGAGAGCACCCCCACCCCAUCUGCUCGCAGUACCCUGUAAUCUCCGCUCUCACUGAAGUUCUCUGGGUUCCAUAUUCUCCUCAUUCCCCUCCAAGUCUAGCUGGAUUGCAGAGUUAAGUUUAUGAUUAUGAAUAAAAACUAAGUAAGAACCGUU